AUAAGUUUUUGAGUUCACAUCUUCAGGAUUUGCAAGCAUCAUCGAGAGGGAUAGAAGGCUCCUACAAUGGCUACUUUGACAAUUCCACCAGUCUUGUCUUCGCCUCGUGAUGACGCCAUGCACCUAUACAAAGCUUUCAAAGGGCUUGGUUGUGAUACUUCAGCAGUUGUCAAUAUUCUUGCCCAUCGUGAUUCAGCACAACGUGCUCUCAUUAUACAUGAUUAUAAGAUUAUGUACUCUGAAGACCCCAUCAAACGGCUCACUUCAGAACUUGGUGGAGAUCUCAAGAAAGCAAUCUUGCUUUGGAUGCCCGAUCCAGCACGAAGGGAUGCAAUCAUACUACAAGAUGCUUUAACUACAGACAUUGAUCUAAAAGCAGCUACAGAAGUCAUAUGUUCUCGGACUCCAUCCCAGCUCCAGCAUCUUAAGCAAAUUUACCCUUCCCUUCAUGGAGUUUACAAACACCUUGAGGAUGCCAUUCAAGCUCAAACUUCUGGUGACCUUGGACAGUUACUUCUGGCAUAUUUAAGUACACCUCGCAGUGAAGGGUUGGAAGUUGAUAGAACAAUGGUAGAUCAUGAUGCUAAAGCUCUGUAUAAAGCUGGGGAAAAGAGACUGGGAACCGAUGAGAAGACUUUCAGAAUCAUUUUCAGCGGAAGAAGUCGGGCACACCUUGCUGCUGUUAGUUCUGCUUAUCAUAAUAUGUACGGGAACACACUGAAGAAGGCUGUAAAAGGUGAAACCUCAGGAAACUAUGAGCAUGCCCUUGUCACGAUCUUACAAUGUGCUGAAAAUCCUGGGAAGUACUUUGCCAAGGUACUGCGUAAAGCAAUGAAGGGGAUGGGAACAGACGAUAAAACGCUGAUAAGAGUAAUCGUGACAAGAACAGAGAUCGAUAUGCAGUAUAUUAAGGCAGAGUAUCAUAAGAAGCAUCAUAAGAGUCUGAAUGAUGCUGUUCAUUCCGAAACAUCUGGCCAUUACCAAACCUUUCUUCUUUCCCUCUUGGGCCCCAAUCAUCACUAAGCAUGUCAUUGGUCCAGCAGCUGACCGGAAGAUUCAAAUCUCAUCAAAAGUGACAAGUGUGUGUAUAUUUAUUGUUUAUGAAUAUUAUAUACUUCAAAAGAGAAGUAUAUGUACAUUUGAAUAAUCGUGUAAUAUUUCAACUCUUCUGCUGUGUUAUAUGUAAUAUGUAUGGUUGUUAAAGAUGUUCUAAC